GUCUUUUUCUUCCCCGGCCAGCGUCUCCGAUGUCAUAGAACAUCCGCCAGUCUUGUCUUUCGUUCUGUUUUUAGUACCUUUCUUCUUUCGGGCCAUCGUCUCUCUUUCAUUCUGACCGCGUCCUUCAUUUCCAUAGAAUAUCUUGCAGAAAGCGUCCACUCCCUUUUGUCUUUUGCGAUACCGGUUUUUAGUCCUUUGCUUGUUUCGAUCCUGCGGUAGAUAGUGGUCGAUCCAGCGCAUAUUGCAUCUCAAUUCGAUUCGACCUAAUUGACUACGAAUUUUCUUCCUUCCGAAAUCUCCAGCUUUGAAAUUAUGGAGUGCUUCCGGCAGAUUGGUCGACUGGUCAAGGCCCCAUUCCAGCGUGACUCGCAUCACAAGGCAUUGGAAAUCGGGCCCCCAACAAAUUUCCGAAAGGAGGAAAUGCCGACGUUCUUCCCAGAUGACGAUGCUCAAACGUUACAUAGCCACAGCUCUUCCCUCGAGAAGGAUGCAAUGAUCAAGACCUUGGAGCGUGAACCCUCAACUCGCCAACGGAUCAAGAACAAUGUCCGAAGACUGAGUGUCAGAGUAGCCCGGCCAGUUUCAGAACACGAAGACUGAGGCCGUUCGCUCAAAGCCGGCAUGGGAAUGUCUGGCUUACCGAACUUUAGAAGUUGUGCCACCAGAUUGGAAUCAAGGGGGACCGGAUUGGCUGUGAAAUCAUCGCGCUCAAACCAUCUGUGGAUUCAAAGCAGGAAAGUUGGAACUUCGUUGAGACGCGAUUUCUUCGACUGUGGAUUGUUCCCACGGGGUGGGUUCUCCUGUCGGGCUUUCCUGAUAGACGGUGAAGAACCUCGACCGUGUACUUGUACGUCUGAAUGUUGUAGCUCUGGCAGCUCAUCAAAAUCAUCAUCAAAAA